GUAAAGAGGUUUGGUGACUCGUCAUUGUGCUGGAUGGCAGCUGUUUUCUGCGAGCAAAGCGAAGAUCAACAGGUGGAGGGAAGGAAGAUUUGACUUUUUUUUUGCAGUUUGUGGAUUUUUGCUUUUUUUAACCAAGAUUUUUAAGAAGACACUAAAACUCUGAAGACUUGCACACAUUUGAACAGACUAUGAAUGUGCUGUCAAACCCAGUGAUCAGGGCCCAGGAGCCAUCUCUGCCACUCUGUGGCCCCGGGUCCGUCCAGGACUUACCCCACUGCCCUCCCGGGUUCAACCUGAGCUCCCGCCUGAAUCCUGCUCCCAUGCUCGGCCUCCAGAGCAGCCAGAGACCAACCAAACCCCAGAGGGAGCUGAGCCCAGAGGAGCAGCAGGAGCUCCGGAGGAAGAUCAAUAGCAGGGAGAGGAAACGCAUGCAGGACUUGAACAUCGCCAUGGAUGCUCUGAGGGAGGUCAUGGUACCUUACGCCUCCUCGCCAUCCUCCGCCUCCUCCUCUCAGUCCCACCAGCCCGGUGCUCCUCCAGGCCGCAGGCUCUCCAAGAUCUCCACCCUGGUUCUGGCCAGGAACUACAUCCUCCUGCUGGGCUCGUCUCUGCAGGAGAUGCGGCGGCUGCUGGGGGAGGUCAGCGUCGGGAUGGGCGUGAACACAGGACCCGUCCCCCGGCUGCUGCUGGCAGGAGGGUGGCCCCUAAUCUCAGGCCCCAGUCAGCUCCUCCUCACCCAGGAGUCUCUCCUCACCUCAGCAGCAUCCUCCUCAUCUUCCUCCUCUGCUUCAUCGUCCUCUGCUGUUAAAUGUCCCCUGCUGUCCCCAGGGCCCAUGGAGGCCUCGCUGACUCCUGUUCAGUGGAGCUCUGCAGGGGCCUCAGGAGGGCCCCUGUGUCCCUGUGGAGUCUGCAGACUGCCCAGAUUUAGCCACUCCACUCCGGCUCCGAGAUUCCCAAAGUGACACCAUGAAGCUGAAGCUUAACGGACUUGAUGACUGUUACAUGUAUGCAACAUUUUUUAUAUGAAUCGUUAUUUUUCUAACAUUUUUAACAUGUUUAUAAUAACUUACUGCAAUAACUCACUUAUCGUUUAAGCUUUGUGAACCUAAUGGAUCUGUUCCGUCAUAGAUAAACCAGUUUCUUAAUGAAGUCGAGCUAAUAAUCUCAAUUGCAUUGUAUUUUUUUCUCUUAUGUUACAGAGAAAUAAUUGGUUGAUUCUUGUGUGCGAGUUGUUAUGACUGUAUGUGGUGUCUUUGAUUGCAUUAUUGUAGCAAUUUUAGGGGCCCAUAAGGACAGGGCCAACAUCAAGGACUAUAAAAAUGAAUAAAAGUUAUUUUUAAGAGCU